GGGUUCAUACACACUCCCGAUGAGUUGAGAGAGUGGCGAUAUGUCGUAACGCUGGGCCAGAAAAGGAUAUAGCUAGACAGACAUUUUGUAUUGUUCACUUUCCGUUCAGACGCCGAAAAUAUGAAAAUGUGAAACCUAAAUUUGCCGGAGUUGGACGGAUAUUCGAAUAAGUCAAAUUUGAUGUUUCAUCGUUACGUCAGUGAUUAUAAUAGCGCUAUAGAAUAACAGGGCAGACCGUCUUGACAUUUUCCCACUGUAAGCUGCGCAAAAAAAGAAAAAACAACAAUCAGGUCAAGGAACUGUAAUACACCGCAUCAUUCACUUUUUUCCCUUUUCUCAUAUUCUCAAAUCAUUUCGCGGGAAUUGGGAAAUGGUGAGGCAGGAAAAUUCGUCGUCGUGAAUUGUGAUGAUGAUUAUAAGGCCCAUUUUUUUUUUCUCGUGUUCGGAGAGUAAUCGAGGAGGAGGCCAGCAGCAAACAAAAGGCCUGCCUCUAUUAUAUACUACACACACACGCCGGCGUGAUUUCUAUUUAUUGAUGUCACGGAAAAGAACGAACGCGGCGAACGCGCUCGCGCUCCCUUUUGUUUUAGAUUUUUUUUCGCAACUUCGACGUAUGGGAAAAAAAGUAAAAAAAAAAGAGAAAUGGACGUGAAUUUUUAUUUUAUUUUAUUUUUUUGUAGAAAAGAAAAAAACAAUAAUGCGCUGUGGCUGUGCAGCCAUUGUUGGCGUUUGAAUUACAUACUGCGGAAAUUACAGAGUUAAAAAAAAUGUGUCUGGCGUGAGUCACGAGACAGCCAUCAGAACCGCAAACAACUCUUCGUCAUUUUGUCUUCUACGUAAAGCCUCAAACGAUCAUGUCGAAAAAGAAGAUGCAGCUAGAUAGCUAGCUAGCGCUAUAAUGUCCCAAUUCUCCUCUAUAAUCAACCGUUCCAUCUAGACAGUCUCGAUGGUUAUCAGACGAAGGUUUGAGCACUCCGUGUCCCCUAUACCUAGGUAUAUAUCUAUCGUCGCCGCAGUAUAUACUAUAUAGGUCGCCAUUUUCACUUUCAGGUGUUGAUUGCUGCCGUGCUGGCGGUUUGAUCAAAUAAAUGGAUAGAGAUAUAGUCAGCAUGUCUCCAGCACCAGAGAGACCGAUAAUCAUCUAAUAAUAAUAACCCAUCAGGUGAAGAGGAACUCGUUCGUCUACUCAAAGCUCAGCGAGUGAAAGAAAUAAUAAUAAGUAAUUAUGAGUUUCAGCCUCGUUGAAUUCGGUUGUAUCUAAUUCGAUGGGGGUAUAGUAUUCACAGUAUGGUAUCUAUCCUAUAGAUUUUCCAAUGGCGGUCGACGGACGACCUUCUGGCUUCACUGGAGAUCCGCGCAUGAUUUGGGCGAGAUGGGAAUUUAUUGGCAAGAUGGGGAUAUGAAAAGCUGAGUAGUGGCAAGGACAAGUGAUUCCAACGGGCUGGAUGCUUAUGUUGUGCCGCAAUAAAUAAUAUCCAGCGCUCCUGCUGCUCCUGCCCUGCCCGUAUGGCCUUUACGCAAUAAGCAUGCUGUUGCUGAAGUUGUGGAAUAAUAUCGCGCGAGGGGCAUUCAGUUUUCUCUUCGCUGCUGUCAAUUCUCUGUAAAGAUGAUUUCACCCGACAAGGUUAUACACAAUGCUCUAUCUACGUGUAUACCUACUAUGGGAUCACAGCAGCACACGCAAAAGAAUCAUAGGCUGGCUAUAUAUUUAGCUUUCUCUUUCGAAAGAAAAGAAAUAACCAAGUCUCCUAUUUCCCGCCCGUUUUUUUUUCAAACUAAAUAACAGUCGAAAUUUCUUUGGCAGCCCUCUGACCCAGACACACUGACUGCUGGGACACUUAUUGCCUGCGCGGCGUAUAUUUUAAGCUAGCGCAGUUAGGUGCGAUUUCCUUUUUUUUCUUAUUCGAUGGCAGCAGCACAAAAGCUGCGCUGCAAGAUAUAAUAAUCGUCAAUAAUGGCGCUUAACCUUAGAGGCGAAAAACGGUUUCUUUUUGUCGCUUUCACGAAGGUCUUUUUCUUCUAUAGACAGACGUCACGCCAUGAAAUUCAAGGUUGAAAUGGAUGACGUUUGAGGGGAGAAAAUAUAGUUAUUCUUUCGGGGUCAAAACCUACAUUCUGUCCCUCCUAUUAGGGUCCCCCCAAUCAGAUUUCUCAUGCGAGUCGCACGGCAAUGUAGACGUACAAGUCUUUCACGGCCGACAGUGCCAUUAAAGUGGCGGCUGCAUAGUAGGUACAUAGACGCGUGAUUAGAUCCUCCAAGUGCCAGCCAACCAUCCUAAAACUGUUUUUCGGUUUAUAUAGUUUGAUGAUUGUCCUGUCCUACUUCCUUACUCGAUAUUGUUGUAUCAAAACCUUGCGGCAUACUAUUUGUGUGUAAAGUGAAAGCCCAAAUAACAACAAACCCCACACACAACAAAAUUCAGCUGAAGAAGAAAUGAAGAGUCUGAAAGUCAAGUGGGCGCGGCCGAUAACAAUCAGCCGAAAACUAAAGAAAACUGCGAACCGAGCAAUACCUACUAUACUCCGUAUGGUCGCGUAACAUUGGAGAAAAAUGCAGACGGCACGGCACACCACAUGGGGCGUUUAACGACGCUUGGGCUGGUCUGGUCUGGCCGAGCUUAUUGGCGCUAAGAGGCGUCGUCCGCCCUGCUGCUGGUGGUGGGUAUUCGGCUGGAAGUGGGUCACUCUGGGCACAAAACAAAAAUGAACAAGGAAAGAAGAAGAAGAAGAAGAAGAAGAAGAAGAAGAAGAAGAGGAAUAGAAAAUAGUUUUAUGUACUAUUAUUAUUAUAGUCACUCUCUCGUUCCUUUUCGUUCGUUCUCUGGUGAAAAGCGCUGCGGUAUAUAAGCCCGGGUGUCAUCCGACCACUGGCAUCAGUUCUUCCACAAACCAACUUCAGUCAACAUGAAACUGUUCAUCGUCGCCGCUCUCUUGGCCGUCGCCGCCGCCGCUCCGUCCGGCUACAAACCCGAGUACAAAGCCCCUGAGAUCGCCAUCGUGGCCCAGUCCGAUGUUCGCAACGUCGACGGCAGCGGCGCAUGGAGCUACGCCGGAUCUGACGGCACCACUCGUGACGAGUCUUACGCCCAGAAGCAGUUGGCCGCCCAGCCCAGCUACGGCAAAGACGCUUACGGAAAAGAAUCGUACGAAUCCGGAGCUGGAAACACCAACAAGGGAGCUUCCUAUUACAUUUCCCCUGAAGGCCAGAAGAUCACUUUGACCUGGGUCGCUGACGAGGGCGGAUUCCAACCCAAGGGUGACCACUUGCCAGUUGCUCCCGUUCACGAAUACGAGCUCCCAGUGGCUCCCGCUCUCCCCUACUCCCGCACCGGAGCUGGAUUCUAAAUAAAAGAAGAGAAAAGAAUCAAACAGCAAAGCAAAAAUGCCAGUCCUAUAAAUCUUCCCCUUAUUCACACACACACCCACCCCAGUUAAAUCGAUGUGGUUUAAUAUAUUUCCUCCCGGUGUAAAUAUUUAUACACGGUGCAUGAACAACAACGUAAAUACAAAUUGAACUUCAAUCUUGAA